AAGAAAGCAGAAGCACCAUCAUUUGCACACUCCUUACAGAUCACACACCUUAACCCUGACUUUUUAGCUCCAGUUUCUCAAAAGACGUGAAGUCAAGAUGAAGAACCAUUUGCUUUUCUGGGGAGUCCUAGCCAUUUUUGUUAAAGCUGUUCUUGUGACAGCCCAAGAUGAAGAUGGAAGGACUGUUCUUGUUGACAACAAAUGUCAGUGUGCCCGGAUUACUUCCAGGAUCAUCCCUUCUCCAGAAGAUCCUAAUGAAGACAUUGUGGAGAGAAACAUCAGAAUUAUUGUUCCUCUGAACAACCGGGAGAAUAUCUCUGAUCCCACCUCACCAGUGAGAACCAAAUUUGUGUACCAUUUGUCUGACCUCUGUAAAAAAUGUGAUCCUGUAGAAGUGGAGCUGGGUAAUCAAAUAGUUAUUGCCUCCCAGAGCAAUCUCUGUGAUGAAGACAGUGAGACCUGCUACACCUAUGACAGAAACAAGUGCUAUACAAAUCGGGUGCCAUUUACAUAUGGCGGUCAGACCAGAAUGGUGGAAACAGCCUUGACCCCGGAUUCCUGCUACCCCGACUAGUUAAGUCAUUCCUGACUGCACAGCUCCUUUUCUUGAAAGGCUCUUCAUUUUGAUCCGGAAAGUUAAUAUAUUUACUACCAAUGAAUUUGAAAUAGUGAUUUUUUUUGUUAAUAUAAAACUACCCACAAAUAGAAAUAGUAACAUUAUUUUUAUUGAAAUUAUUUUUCAACUCUAUGUUCUCAAAGUAUUGAAAUCUCUCCUAAUCCUUGCCCGAAGGGGUAUACUACCUUAAGAAUACAAUUCCUAGCAUUUAAAAAUAGACAAGAGGAGAAAAUUUCACUUUUUUUUUUUUUUUGGUCUUGCCUUGGAGAGCCAGAGCUUUUGCACCUUCUGCCCUAUUCUCUUUUUAAAAAGUAUUACUGUGCAGAGAAAAUUUAUAUGUAAACAUAGGUCAGUUACAUGUCUUCACUAGAAAAUUGGAAAACAUGUUUUGGAAAUAUUUGCAAAAAUAAUUUAAAAUGGGAUCUCCAUUUAUGAGACCAAUGAGCCGAAAGUGACAUAAUUAAAUGCAUAAUUGAAAAAUAUAUUUUGACAUAGUACAGAUUUGGUGGCAGAUGAUACAGACUUUUUUUUUUUUUUGAUAAUCAAGAUAGUGUAAGAAAUGCCCAUUGGAAAUCAUCUAUGUUGUAACUGAAUCUAAUGAAAUAUGUAUCCAAAAUAUGUAUUCUCUAGCACAGCUUGUACAAUUAAAUAGAUUCAUAAGCAUA